AUGCGCUCAGUGACGAUAGAAUCUUUCGGUGAAAUGCGCGAUGAACGCCGGGUGGUCCUUAUCCGGAUAACAAACGGAAAUGGUAUGCGUGUAGAGCUACUAAAUCUGGGAGCUAGCGUUCGAUCAAUCGUCGUUCCGGACAGGGAAGGUGUGUUGACAGACGUUGCGCUCGGCUUCGACACCGUGAAAGCUUACGAAAACGACCGCCACCUCAUUGGUACUACGCUGGGUCGGGUUGCUGGGCGAAUACGGGAUGCUCGAUAUGCCAUCGACAGCCGGGAGUACUUUCUGGCUCAGAACGAUCACCCACAUCACAGAAAUGGAGGAGCGAAGAGCCCGUUGAGUAAGAAAAUUUGGAACUACACCUUGCUUGAGGAGGGCAAUGGCGUCGUAUUUACUGUCAGGUCACACGACGGGGAUGAAGGCUAUCCGGGCAACGCCAUUGUGCAAGUCUCAUAUGUACUCACAAAUCACAACGAGAUUUUGGUGCAGUACUCAGCAAACACCGACAAAUCAACAUUGAUGAAUUUGUCAAGCAAUUUCUACCUCAAUUUGGACGGUAACGAGGUACAGGCAUGUUUGGGACUUCAAAGGAACCGACAAAAUCUGAUCUGGUUUAAAAAUACGAUUUCCAGCUGUAUGCGCUUCGAUGCGGGCAUGGAACUUGACGGGAUCGCUGGAAAAGAGGGAAACAAUUACAAGCAGUGUUCAGCUUUUGUUGUUGGCUGUCGAGGUUUCGAAGACGCUUGCAAUCAGGGAAACCAAGGAAGGGAUAGAAGGUUAAAUCCUUAUUUUCAGGCUCACUUUCCAUCGAUUUCUCUUCGACCGGAUCAACUUUACCAGCACAUUACCAUCUAUCGCUUCUCAUUAAUUGAAUAA